AUGGCUGUGCUCUGGCUCCCUCCCCCCUCUUUGCCCUGGUCCUCCGUCGUGAGAGGACCAGAAGCAGUGGCAGGAGGGGGUGCAACGGCCUGGGGUGUGUGCCUCCCGCCCCCCCGCCCCGUCUUUCCACCACUGCCCCUCCUCCUGCCCCUCCUGCCCCGCCCCGCCCCGCCCCGCCCUGCCAUGCCCCUCCUCCCACACCCCGACCCCGACCCCGGCCCCGACCCCGACCCCGACCCCCACCACCCCAGAGUCUGGCUCGCCUUGUGGGCCAGUGCAGGCCGUUCCUCCCCCGGCGCCCACUCAGCAAGGGUCGGGGGACUUCGGCUUGUGUGGCCCCCUUGUGGGCCGGCGUAA